AUGGACGUGCAUCUCUUGGUGUACGAUCUGUCCCGGGGUUUGGCCCGGCAAAUGUCCCAGGGCCUGCUCGGGUUCCAUCUUGAUGCCAUCUACCACACGUCGAUUGAGCUCAACGGCCGCGAGUAUGUCUACGACGGCGGCAUCGUUGCCAUCACUCCGGGGUCGUCUCACCUGGGGCAACCCAUGGAGCGGAUCUUUCUGGGGAGGACGGAGCUGCCCAUGGACGUGAUUGAGGAAUUCUUAGAGUCACUCAGGCCAAUCUUCACAGUCGAGGCCUACGACUUGUGGAAACACAACUGCAACAACUUCUCAGACUCCCUUGCUCAGUUCUUGCUUGGGAAGGGCAUCCCGGAGCAUAUCAUUAAGAUGCCCGAUGCUGUGCUCAGCUCUCCAAUGGGCAGAAUGCUCAUGCCCCAGCUUAACCAGACCAUCAACUCCAGCAGACAGAACGGUUCAAUCCUUGGAAUCCAGAGCCCUCAUUCCACCAACGGCUAUGGAUCAGCACCGCAGCCCACGAAACCCCAAGCGAAGGUCAGAGUUGUCCACGGCUCCCAGGAACUGGACGAUGCUCUCGAGGCUGCAAAGAAGUCCUGUGCCGUUGUUCUCUUCACCUCUGCAACCUGCCCGCCGUGCAGAGCCAUCUCGCCCGCGUUCGAUGAAUUGUCUGCAGAAGCUGCUGACAAGGCUGCUUUUAUCAAGGUCGACGUUGCCCAGCUUACGCCGCUUCCCGGGAAGAACUACCCUCGCGCGACCCCGACGUUCAUCACGUAUUUGCAUGGGGAAAAGGAGAAUGAGUGGGCUGGUGCUGACCCCGCUGCUCUUCGAGGCAACGUCCAGCUCCUGCUGCAGAUGGCCUGGCCGCGGCAUCCUCACGAGUCCCUUAACCUGCCAAGCUUCUCCAACCCGACUGCAAAACCAGUGCUGUUUUCCAAGGUGCCACCACUGUCCAAGCUGCUAGGCAAGAUGGGUUCUACGGCAGACGAGCCAGUCGUUCAGGGGAUCAAGCAGUUUGUUGAGGCUCGUGACAAGGAGGGCGCUGCAGCCGCCAUUCUUCCAAACAUGAGCGAGGUCUCGGCGCUCAUUCAGAAGUCAAUCCAGUCCCUGCCUGUCGAGAUUAUGUUCACCAUUGUUGACCUCUUCCGAUGCGGGCUCGUGGACGCUAGGUUCAGCGGCUUCUUCGCUGAGGAGCCGGAGCACAAGACCGUCUUGGCGAUUCUCAAUUUUGUCAACUCGCACAACGAAUGCCCCUAUGCGCUGCGGUUGGUAACGUUGCAGAUGGCGUGCAAUCUCUUCUCGACGCCGCUGUUCCCAGAAGAAAUCCUCCGCAACGAGGCGUUGAGGGCUCCGAUCAUCCAGUUGAUCUCGUCAAGCUUCCUCGAUGACAGCCACAAUAACGUACGCGUAUCUGCUUCUUCGCUCAUGUUCAACCUGGCUCUGUUCAGCAACAAGGCAAGACGAGAGAAAUCAGUGGACGUGCUACCCGAAGGCGACACGGUCGAAUUGGCUGCGUCAGUGUUGGAGGCCAUAGGACAAGAGGAGUCCUCUCCAGAGGCUCUACAGGGCAUGUUGCUCGCAUUGGGUAACUUGGUGUAUUGCGCGCCGGCAGACAGUGAAGUGUCAGAUCUGCUGAGGGCAAUGGACGCAGAGGAUGCGAUUAUGGCCAAGAAGAAGCAGUUCCCAAAUGAGAAAAUAGUGGCAGAGGUGGGCUCUGAGCUUCUGGGAAAGGGACUUAGACGGCCGUAA